GAUCUUGAAAAAUCAUUUUUAAUUUGUAAGGAAAGUGCAAAUAAUGGCUAUAUUUUAGGACAACUUUUCCUUGGAAUGUUUUAUCAAUAUGGAAUUUAUAUAGAACAAGAUUGCAAUAAAGCAUUUUACUGUUUUUUGGAAUCUUCUAAAAAGGGGUUAGCUCCUGCACUGGAUAUCCUUGCUAAUUGCUAUCAAAAUGGGAUUGGUACCGAAAAGGACCAUAAUAAAGCAUUUCUUUUAUACAAAAAAUCAGCGGAAGAUGGAUUUUUACCAGCAUAUAGUCACCUCGGAGAUUGUUACUACCGUGGAAUUGGCACCGAUAUAAAUCAUAAUAUGGCACUUCAUUGGUAUGAAAAUGCUGCGAAUCGAGGAGAUUGUAACGCACAAAUUCGACUUGGGCGUCAUUACUGUGAUACGAAUGAUUUUGACAAAUCUUUUUAUUAUUACAAAAUGUCUGCAGACCAAGGAUCGGAAAAGGCCCAAUUUUACCUUGCUUGCUAUUAUCUAUAUGGUUAUGGCACUGAAAAAAAUGGUAGCAUGGCAUUUUUCUGGUUUACGCAACUAGCAGAACAAGGCUUUGCUCCAGCACAAGAUAUGCUUGGAGAGUGCUAUGCAUUUGGAAUAGGACAAUAUGCAUUAGCAGAAUUCUAUUUUUAUGGAAUUGGAACGCAAAAAAGUCUUGAAGCUGCAAAAGAAUGGUAUCAAAAAUCUGCAAGUGGUGGAAAUGAAGCAGCCUCUCAAAUUGUCUUAAAGCUUGAAUCAGCAACACAAUCCUUGGAUUUACAACCAGAAAAUAAAAUGGCUUUUGAUAUUCAGAUUCCUUAUAAUAAAAAUGAAAUUUCCUCGAAAGUCACGGAUAAGUAUUUAACUAAAUCCGAUAAUACGACUUUAUCAAAUAGUAAUUUUCUUAUUGAAUAUAACGAUAAGAUUCGUAAUCUAGAAUAUAGUGUGGAUAAUCAUAACAUAAAAUCUAGUGAUAAUGUUUAUAGUAAAGAAUUUAGUGAUAAUACUUGUAGUAUAGAUUUUGUAGAACCUAAGGUUGUUCAUAGCGAAGAACCUAAUAAUGAUAUUGAUUGUUUGAAGCCUAGUGAUGAUAUUUCUUGCACAGAAUUUAGUAAGAAUGUUAAUAACACAAAAUCUGAUGAAAAUAUUAACAAUAUUGUAGAUUCUAAUGAACAUAUUAAUCAUAUUGAAUCGAGUGAAGAAAAUACGGCUACAGGUUUACGAUUAGAUCAAUUUGAUUUAAUGUCAUUGUUGUUAAAUAUUUUUUAG